AUGGCCGAUACUAAUAUCUAUCCACGUGCUGAGCUAGAUGGUCAUAAUGGCAAGGCUGUGACAUCUAUUGCUACAACACGUGAAAACCCAAACCUCUUGUUAACUGCCUCACGUGACAAAUCGCUACUUGUAUGGCAAUUGUCAAACGAUGGUGAAGAGUACGGAUUUGCCCGUCGUCGUCUACAAGGUCACUCACAUUAUGUAGAGGAUGUGGUGAUAUCAUCGGAUGGACAGUUUGCUUUAUCAGGAUCAUGGGAUGGUACUCUUCGUCUUUGGGACUUGAACACGGGCAUUACCACACGUCGCUUUGUUGGACAUACGAAGGACGUCCUGUCGGUGGCUUUUAGCGCAGAUAAUCGUCAGAUUGUGUCAGGCUCGCGUGACAAAACUGUGAAACUCUGGAACACUUUGGGUGAAUGUAAGUAUACUAUUACGGAGGAUGGACACACGGAAUGGGUCUCUUGCGUACGCUUUAGCCCCUCGACUGCGAAUCCACUGAUUGUCUCAUGUGGCUGGGAUAAGGUUGUUAAGAUCUGGAAUUUGUCGAAUUGCAAGCUACGUACUAAUUUGUUUGGCCACGAAGGAUACCUUAACACAGUGACUGUGUCUCCUGAUGGAUCUAUUUGUGCUUCGGGUGGUAAGGAUGGUACUGCCAACCUUUGGGACCUGAACGAAGGCAAGCGUCUUUACUCACUCGUGGCUGGUGAUGUCAUCCACGCGCUCGUGUUCUCGCCUAACCGCUACUGGUUGUGUGCAGCUACUACGUCUGGUAUUAAGGUUUGGGACCUUGAGUCAAAGAUUGUUGUGCACGACCUGCAACCGGAGAUUGAGGAGCCUAAGGGCAAGUACGCUCAGCCACCGCACUGUAUCUCGCUGGCCUGGUCGGCUGAUGGUUCUGUGCUCUUCUCGGGUUACACGGACGGUAUUGUUCGUGUGUGGGCUGUGGGUAACUAA